AUGCCCAUUGACGAUUCAGACAUCAAAGAAACUCUCAUCGCAAUAUCGACCAGUAUUCUUCCACCAAUUGUGACAUUAACCGAAACCAGUGCCGGGACGGUGUAUGAUCGUACAAUUCACCCACCACCAUGGCCAUACACUAAUCCAACACCGACCACAAGAUCAAGUGGUAGUCCUCCACCCUUGCUCUCUUCCACCUCAUUUGCAGCAAGCUCAACAUCUUCUAGCACAACAAGCACGUGUACAUCUUCUUGCUCUAUCAGCUAUGGUUGCUCUGUGACUGCAACCUCAACUCUGGGAACGUAUACACUUGCCCCAUUCGGAUAUUGGACGGUGGAUUCCUUUGACCGGGCUUCGGAUUUAGAUGCUGCAUACGCCAGCUCUGUUUAUGCAGAUGUAAUCUCAGAGUUGGCGGAUUGGUUUCCUGAAACCGAAACCGUAACCGUUACACCUGUAUCAACCACGACAAUAUCAGAUGUCACCGCGCGAGAGUAA